GUUAUAUUCGGUCUUUCUCACUCACUUUGUUCCAGUACAACAACGCAGAUCAGCUGACCGUGGCCUGCUGGUCGUUCCCAGAGCCUGACUGGUGACUAAGAACUAAGAAGUAUCCGUCUUUUGCAGUCCGGACCCCCAAACCCUGUAAUGACCUUCCUGCAGAAAUUAGGAUUUUGGAGAAAAAAAGAACGUAAAGAACCCGAAGCUCCUCCACUUCUCAGAAAACCAUGGAGGGAAAUAAACUGGAGAGACAAACAGAGUGAUCUGCAGUCUGUGAAGGACUACAGACCUCAGACUGACGGCCAGCUGCUCAGGAUUCUCCUUCAUGGUCCGGUUGGAGCUGGAAAAUCCAGUUUCAUCAACUCUGUCCAAAGUAUCUUACAUGGCAGAAUGUACGCCCAGGCUUUGGCAGACAACACCUCUCACGACUGUUUCACCAAAAGGUACGCAACCUACAAUAUCCAAAAAGGCCCAGAGACCUUUUACCCUUUUGUCUUCAAUGACAUCAUGGGCCUGAGUCCAACCGGUGUCCAAGUGGACGAUGUCAAACUGGCUUUGAAGGGACACGUGAAGGAUGAUUACAGGUUCAAUCGUGAUUCUAGGUUGUCAGAGGACGACCCAUUCUACAACAACCAUCCAACUGACAACGACAAAGUGCAUGUUCUGGUUUGUGUCAUUGAUGCCAACACGGUAACUUUCAUGCAACAAGAAGUUGAAGAAAAGAUUCGCCAAAUCAGGAUUGAAGCCACUCACCUGAGUAUUCCUCAAGUGGCUAUUCUCACCAAGAUUGAUGAGGCCUGUCCUGAAAUCAAAGAAGAUUUACAGAAUGUCUACAAGGUCAAUUACCUGAAGGAAAAGAUGGAGGAGUUCAGUGCCGAAGUGGGAAUUCCCAUGAACUGCAUCUUCCCUGUGAAGAACUACGAUUCAGAAAUCGACCUCAACAAUGACGUUGACUCACUGAUCCUGAGCGCCAUGAAACACAUCAUCAACUUGGGCGAUGAUUGCAUCAACUUCAUCAAGAGCAUGGGAGCAGAACACUCCAGAUUUGGAGCAGCCCUAGCUCCUCCAAUUCUCAGCAAACCAUGGAGGGAAAUAAACUGGGGAGACAGACAGAGUGAUCUGCAGUAUGUGAAGGACUAUAAACCUCAGACUGACGGCCAGCAGCUCAGGAUUCUCCUUCAUGGACCAGUUGGAGCUGGAAAGUCCAGUUUCAUCAACUCUGUCCAAAGUCUCUUAAGAGGCAGAAUGUACGCCCAGGCUUUGGUGGACAACACUUCUCGUGGCUGUUUCACCAAAAAGUACACAACCUACAAGAUCCCAAAAGACCCAGAGACAUUUUACCCUUUUGUCUUCAAUGACAUCAUGGGCCUGGAUCCAAUCAAAGGUGUCCGUGUGGACGACGUCAAACUGGCUCUGAAGGGACACAUGAAGGAAGAUUAUGAGUUUAAUCCUGAAUCAUCGUUGUCAGCAGAUUAUCCAUUCUACAACAAACAUCCGACUGCCAACGACAGAGUACACGUUCUGGUUUGUGUCGUUCCUACCAACACCAUAUCUCAAAUGAGAAAGGAAACUGUGGAUAAGAUUCGCAACAUCAGGAUGGAAGCCAGUAAACUGAGUAUUCCUCAAGUGGCCAUUUUCACCAAGAUUGAUGCAAUUUGUCCUGAAAUCAAAGAAGAUGUCAAGAAUGUCUACAAGAUCAAGUCCAUAAAGGAGAAGAUGGAGGAGUUCAGUGCAAAUGUGGGAAUUCCCAUGAAUUGCAUCUUCCCUGUGAAGAACUACCACGAAGAAAUCAAUCUCAACAAUGAAAUUGACUCACUGAUCCUGAGCGCCCUGAGAAACAUCAUCAACUUUGGAGACGACUGCAUCAACAUGGGUAAUGACAGUGAUUCCAAAGAAGAUCCUCCAGACUUCAGUAUUGAAACUAAACCCCCAUACCAGAAGGGCUGAAGAUUCUGUUGUUGUUUCAAGAGUCAUAGGUAUACUGGUUCAUGAUUUCAGUGAUAUGUGUCAGAUAGUCCUGAUGAUCCAGACUGUUUCAGACUGGAUCUGGACUUCUCUGAGCCUCCACCUGGGAUUUAUGUUAUUCAGUCAAAUAAUCUAAACUCAGAGUGACUCUGUAGAUUUGUUCUGUCAAUGACCACAUAACUAUAAAUUAACACAUUUAAAUGUAUAUUUCCAUAGAUAUAUCGAUCUAUAUUUCUGUCUUGCAUUCUGCUGCAGCUCCACCCUGUGGAAGAAUAAUGUAUUUCAGUUCAUUUCCACAU